CAAACACAACAUCAGGCACAAAUAUGGUCAUGUACGUCAGCGGAACUCCGAGGCGGGACUAGACCGUUGAAAUGUCUUGCUUCUACUCUGGGCUUCAUUCAUAAGACAAGAUCUGCUACUGUGCACCGUAAUAUAGCAAGCGUCCUCCGGCGUUCCGUGAGCGGACUUUAUGGAUGUAUAUUUGCACGUUUGAUAAGGUCGGAUAACGGAGAGCACUGAGAGGAUUUACCGCUGAACCGGGGAGGACUUCUUCGCAGAUUGAACUGGUAGACCUCCCUCCCCCGUCUAAAAGCGGGGAACUGGAUUAAGAGUCUUCAUGCAACUUUUUUGGAAAGAGACCAAGAGCGUUUCACCGGGGAAUAACAAGAAGACUUACAUAGUACCUCUCCUCCUUUAGUAAUCUUCUUGUGUGUGCCGCUGCCCUACCGCUGCAGGUGACAUCGCUCUCUCUCCGGUACCUGCAGGUGUCGCGUUCUCUUUCGGCCCCCCCGGGGAGAUGUACCAAGGAUUUCCCGGCGACCCAGACAGCGGUUCCCGUGGAAGCUCGUCUCCAUCUAUAGAGUCCCAGUACCUUUCCUCCGUGGACUCCUUCGGGAGCCCGCCGACCACCAGUGCUCCACAGGAGUGUGUGUCAGCAAGUGCUGGCUUGAGCAUUGUGGGCAGCGGGCCAGGGACAAGUGGUGGAGGUGAGAUGCCCGGUUCAUUCGUGCCAACCGUCACUGCCAUCACCACCAGUCAGGACCUGCAGUGGAUGGUACAGCCAACCCUCAUCUCAUCCCAGGCUUCUGGACAGAGUGGCUCCACCGGGACCACGACCAUGACCCAACCAGCUUCACUGGUUGAUCCGUUUGACAUGCCAGGCCCGAGUUAUUCCUCGGGAUCUGGAUUCACCCCACCGAGUUCAGACACUCCAGGGCCAGCAGCUGGCCCUGUCCGUCAGUCCAGAGCCCGAACUCGGCGUACACGAGAAGAGUCUGUGAGUGAAGAUGGAGAUGUUGGUGUGUUACUAACACCCGAGGAAGAAGAAAAGAGACGUGUUCGUCGAGAGAGGAACAAGCUGGCUGCUGCCAAAUGCCGAAAUCGCAGACGAGAACUUACAGACAGACUGCAGUCGGAGACAGACGUACUGGAGGAAGCAAAGGCAGAACUGGAGGCAGAGAUCUCAGAGCUACAGAAAGAGAAAGAGCGCUUGGAGUUUGUGCUGGUGGCUCACCAGGCAAACUGUAAGAUCCCAUACCAGGACCAGCCUCAGCAGGGCUCAGCACAGCUGCCUCCAGUGCAGUCCCAGCUGCCUCCUCCCCAGGCCUUACAACCGCCUGUCUCCAUUGUGGGCUUGACUGUGAAGGAAGACUCUUUCUAUCUGCCUCCUGCCUACACAGCCCAUCCUGCCUCCACACAGUCCCAGCCUCCGGUUCAACAGCAGCAGCAAGUCCAGCAGCAGCCUCAGCCUGGAAUAAUGCAGGAGGUAGAGUUCUCUAGUUCUUUUUAUGGCUCAAGCGAGCCAGCACCUGGUGGGCCAUGCCUUAUGGUCAACGACAGUGGUGGUGGUGGUGUUAACCAUGACGAUGCGGCCAUUGGCAGCUACAACACCUCAUACACAUCUUCAUUUGUGUUCACCUACCCAGAGGGAGCCUGCGGGGUCAGUGCCAACCAGCGGAACAGCAGUAGCGAGCAGUCGUCCGAUUCUCUGAACUCGCCUUCUCUGCUGGCGCUCUGACUGACCGACAGACACACGCAUACACAUGUUAACACACACGCACAUUAUUCUCGCUGGAAGUAGAGGCUGAAGUACACGCACAGUACCGAUCAGCCUCACCGAUUGAGAAAAAAAAUAACAACAAAAACAACCAAUGGUUUACAUCUGAUUGGAUUAUGAGUUUACACAUUCUGAAAUGUAUCCUAAUUAAGAGCCAUACAAAUAGUUGCACAUUAGGUCUAACCUUUAACAUUCACUAUAUUUUAGUUUUCUAUUACACUCGCAACUGGACAUUAUGGGUGAAUAAAACUGGGUUACGAAAACUGAGUCCAAGUUGCCAAUCUUAAAUUCUGUGGCUUAACAGAUUAAUUCACAGUGAAUUCUCUUAAGCUUGUACUCUGAUUGAGUAAGAAACAACACGAUCACUCCGACAAGCACAAGCGCCCCUAACUUGUUCCCUCUGUCGGUUGCCCCUCUUCCAGUGCUCCCAUCCUUUUCCAUGCUUUUCUUCCUCUCGCUGAAUGUAUUUGUGCAAAUCUGAAAUAGGGACGAAGGACGCUCUGUUCAGGUUUUCUUCUCGUGGGAGACAGGCUGCUGAUCUCUCGCUCACCUCUAACUGUUCAUCUGCUCGACUUCCCUCUGCUUCUUCAUUUGCUGUUUGGACUUGGCAAGUUAAGGAUCUGAGUGUCACAGCCCGCCACUAAAUCUUGUGCUUUUUCCUUCUCUCGUUUUUUCUUUUUCUUUUUUUUUAACAAAAAAACCACAAAAAAAAAAAUCUUCUGACGUCUGCCUACCUGCUGUGCGACCCAUCUCUACCCAUCUCUGUUUUCUCCUCUUCUGUCUCUUUCUCCUUCUCUCUGAAGUCUUCGACCCCCGAGAGCCCGAAGACACCCUCCAGCCCUUGGGACCUUGAGUGAAAGCCGGCUCAACUAACAUGCCCCCCUUUGAACCCUGUCAUACAAGGACAUGGACGCAAGCCCAACCAAACGGAAGAGUCUUUUCUUGGAGCACGUUGCUCAAAUCCUUACAGUGAACAGCAGCUAAAUACUCUGAACACGCACACAGACGCAUAAUUGAUGAACAAACACAUGCAAAAAAAAAAAAAAUGCAAGAUGGAUGCCACUGUCUUCUGCUGAGCCAUUUUUCAUGUUGUUCACACAAUGAAGAUUAGACACACCAGUUGUGAGGAUAUAGAGAGACUUAAGGAAUUAAGGAAGCAAGCAGGAAAGGCUCUGAGGGAGUCCGGAUAGAGGAUGGCUUUCAUUUUAACGACGGAUUUUUGUGACCAAAAGUU